CCCCACUGCCCCCCUCUCCCAGCCCUGGGUCCCCCGGCUACCCUCACUGCCCCAACUGCAAGACCUGCCAACCUGCCCCCCUGCCGCCCCCCUACCGGCCCGCGGGCCUCCCUGCCGCCCCCCCAUCAGCUGUUUCUCUUUCUCUUCAGUCCCCAGCGCGCUGCUUCCGCGAGUUCUCGGCCGGGCCCCGCCCGCUGAAGGGCCAGGUCAUGGCGCAGGCACCUCCUCCCCUCGGGGAGCCCCAGUUCCUGCAGCUGCGGGAGGAGCUGGUGCGGGCCCUGGCCCAGAGCCCGGGGGACCUGCACCCCGAGACUGUCCAGCAGCUGGUUGAGGCUCCCCUGCCCCUCCACGUCAAGUACCGGGAGAUCGACGCCCAGGGCAUCCUCCACGCCAACAUGCAGGGGCAGCCCCCGGCCUGCCUGCGAACCAUCUCCACAGCCCUCAACAUUCUGGAGAAAUACGGGCGCAACCUGCUGAAUCCCCUGAAACCCCGCUUUUGGCGCGGGGUCAAGUUCAACAACCCCGUCUUCCGCAGCACAGUCGACGCCAUCCAGGGCGGGCGGGACGUGCUCCGGCUCUAUGGCUACACGGAGCAGCAGUCGGACGGGCUGAGCUUCGCCGAGGGGCUGGAGGAGCCGGACGCCCGGCGUGUGGCCUCUGUCACCGUGGACGUGGUCCUGCUGCGGGCUGAGCUCAACCUACUGCUCUCGAACAAUCACCCGAACCCCGAUAUCCUGCAGGGAAUGCUGCAGGGGGGGCAAGAGGUGACCCUGAUCCCGGACUCGGUGCCCAUCCACGACACAGCGCCCCCCGGAGCCCUGCCCCAGACAGGGCCGGCCCCCCCGGCCACCUGCCUGCUGUGUGGGCUGGAGCCAGCAUCCCUGCUCUGCCCCGAAUGCAACCAGAGCCUCUGCCCCGAAUGUGACCGUCUCUUCCACAAGCACCCAGCCCGGGCCCAGCACCGGCGCCUGUCCGUGGGGGAGCCAGGCUUGGGGGCCGGGCCCCCUGCACAGAGCUUGUCUAUGGUGCCAGCGGAGCCCCCGGUGGCCUGCCCGGCCCUGCCCCCCAAGCCGCGCCUGCCCUGGCGCUGUGCCGCCUGCCGUGCCCCCAACGAGGCGCGGGCCGUGCUGUGCAUGGGAUGUGACCGGCCCCGCGGCUGCCCCACACCCCCCAACCUCCCGCCCGAGGGGAACCCCCCCCGUGGGGCCUGGGCCUGCCAGACCUGCACCUUCCUCAACCCUGGCCCCACCGUGCUAUGUGCCAUGUGUGAGCGCCCCCGGCUGGCCGGCCGGCCCGGUGCUCCCGACCCCCAGCUUCCCCUGGAUGGCCCUCCGGUGCCCACACAGGCAGAGGGGGCCCCGGGCUGGCAGUGUGAACACUGCACCUUCUGGAACCAGCUGCCCGGGCGGGUGUGUGAGGUUUGUAACCGGACCAGCCAGCUUGGGGGCCCCCCCCAAGAAGAGAAGGGACUACGGCGUCCGGGCAAGCCCCACUCCCUGUCACCAGAGGAGGUGGAGCGUCGGCGGCAGGAGAAGCUGCGAGAGGAUGGGAUGAAGCUGGUGGCCAUGAUCCGGGAGGCGGAGCUGGCGGGGGUGCCCCCGGAGGAAGUGGGGGCGGCGCUGCGGUACUCGGGGACGGAGCUACCCCUGCCCUGGCUGCGCUCGGAGCUGCCCGCAGUGCUGGACGCGGUGGUGGAACAGGCCACGGAGCGGGGGGCGGGUCCCGAGCUGGGCGCCAUCACCCAGCAGGAGGCUCGAGCUGCCUGGACCCAGAGCCAGGGUGACCUGGACGAGGCCGUGAGCCGCUGCCUGAGCGCCCGGCGCAGCAAGGUGCGGGAGCUGGCGGCGCUGGGGUUCGGAGAGCGGGGGCCGGUGCUGCAGGCGCUCUACCAGAACGGGGGCGACCUGGGGGGGGCCCUGAGGGAGCUGCAGCGCCGCCAGCUGGAGCCAUUCCACCGGCGCAUGUGGGAGCCGGCCGAGCCCGAGAUCGACUUCCACGCGCCUGACCGGCAGGCCCUGCUGCGGCGGUUGCUGGCCUCGCUGGGGCUGCCCAGCUGGGGGCGGGCGGAGCUGGUGCUGUCGCUGGUGCGGGAGCAGGAGGCGGCGGGGGGCCGGGGGCGGGCGGCCUUGGCCGACAUCGUGGACGCCGUGCGGGCCUCCCCCGACCGCGACUUCAUCAAACGCCUGCUCAACUGGGAGUGCGCCGUGUGCGGCUGGGCCCUGCCCCGCAACCAGAUGCAGUCGCUGACGUCCUGCGAAUGCACCAUCUGCCCCGACUGCUUCGCGCAGCAUUUCACCAUCGCCGUGAAGGAGAAACACAUCACGGACCUGGUGUGUCCGGCCUGCGACGCGCCCGACCUGAGCGAGGAGACCGAGGUGCUGGGCUACUUCUCCACGCUGGACAUCCAGCUCCGUGAGUGCCUGGACCCCGAGACCUACGAACUGUUCAGCAAGAAGCUGACGGAGCGCGAGCUCAUGCGGGACCCCAAGUUCCAGUGGUGCACCCAUUGCUCGUUCGGGUUCAUCUACGAGUCGGAGCAGGCGGCCGCCCAGUGUCCCCAGUGCAACCAGAGCUUCUGCGUCCACUGCAAGCGCGCGUGGGAGCCACAGCACCAGGGUCUGUCAUGCCAGGAGUUCCAGGAGUGGAAGAGAACCAACGACCCCCAGUACCAGGCGCAGGGGCUGGCAGUGUACCUGCAGGAGAACGGGAUCGCAUGCCCCAAAUGCAAGUUCCCGUACGCGCUGGCCCGGGGGGGCUGCAUGCACUUCCAGUGCUCCCAGUGCCGGCACCACUUCUGCAGCGGCUGCUAUGGGGCCUUUCACACCAAGAACAAAUGCCCGGUGCCCUCGUGCCCGGUUCGCCAGUCCUUGCACGGGCACCACCCCCGCGACUGCCUCUUCUACCUGCGCGACUGGGACGUGGGGCGGCUGCAGCACCUCCUGCAGGAUAACAGCGUUGUCUUCAACACGGAGCCCCCCACUGGGACCCGCCCGGCGCCUGGAGGUGGGUGCCGCGUGAUGGAGCAGAAGGAGACGCUGGCCGGGCUGCGGGACGAGGCCUGCGGGAAGGAGACACCCCCCGGCUACGCCGGCCUCUGCCAAGCGCACUACAAGGAGUACCUGGUGAGCCUGAUCAACGCCCGGGCGCUGGACCCUGCCCGGCUCUACUCCCUGCCUGAGCUGGAGACCGUCUAUCGGCGCCACCAGGGGGCGCUGCCCCCCCGGCCCCCCGGGGAGCCCGAGGACACCUACCACGGGCGUCUGCUGCAGAAGCUGAUGGACGAGGUGCCCCUGGGUCCCAAGAUCUUGCGGCAGCGGCAGUGACCCCCCCCGGACGGACGGGGGGCGGGGGGCUGGGCUGGAAGAUUCGAGAAGAUGCUGCUGUGCAGGGAGGGGAGCACUGAGGGGUGAUUGGGGGGGAUGAUUAGAUUUUUGGGGAUCCCAGCACCCCAGAAUCUGAUUUUGGGGGUCAUGUGAGAACGCCUCUAUCCUGAACCCCAACCAAGACCUAAGGGACCUCAAAAUAGCUACCAGUGGGGUCCCUGACUGGGGGCCCUGAUCCCCCAAAUUCAGGGGUUAUCUGACAUUGGAGUGGGGGCAUCGAUUUGGGAACUCUGUGCAGCUCAGAAUAUUGGGGUUCAAGCCCUUUGGGGUAACAUGAUUCACGGGAUUUGGGGGUUCAGGGGACAGAACAUUGGAAGACCCAAUAAAACAGCCUGAUCAAA